AUGUCCAGCAGCGUCCUGCCGCUCCAGGAGCUCGCGGCGGCGCGCGGCGCGAAGGUCUUCGUCGCGCCGCGGCCGCGGGACGGCGACUGGACCCCGGCGCUGCUCCGGGGCGACGGCGGCUGGCGCUGGGACAAGGUCGCCGUGCUCUCGCUGCCGCGGGCGCACUGGAUCGACGGGUCCGUCGUCGACCUGUCCGCGAUCGCCGACGAGGUCGACAGGGAGCGGACGCGGCGGGGCGACGACAGCGGCCCGCCGUUCCUGGCGGUCGACGCGACGCAGUCGCUCGGCGCCUCGGCGCUCGCCGUCCCCGCGGCGCGGGUCGACUUCGUCGCCGCGUCGGUGCACAAGUGGCUCCUGGGACCCUACGGCUGCAGCCUCUUCUACGUGCAUCCGAGGCACCACCGAUCGUACGCGCUCGUGCGCGACGAGCACGCGCUCCAGGGGGGCGCGUCCGACGCGGUGCUCCGCUUCCACCCGAUGCGUUGUAGCGCGGCGGGAAGCGCGGUGCCCUACGACGCGCCGCUCGCCGGCGGCGCGCGCUGCUUCGACGGCGGCGGAAGGCCGAACCCCGUGAUCCUGCCCAUGGUCCGCGCGGGGCUGGAGCUCGUGCUCGCCUGGGAGGUGUCGAACAUCGACGCGAGGCUCCGGGAACUGACCGGGCCGCACGUCCGGCGGCUCGGGGAGCGAUUCGACGUGCCGCGAUGCCGCGCUUCGGGCCUCGUCGGCGUCCGGCCCCGGGGCCUGGCGCGUUCCGAGGCCGACGCCUGGGCCGACGCCGCGGCGGCGGCGCUCAAGCAUCGGGCGCCGCCGAUCCUCGUCACGGGCCGCUUCGGCGCCGUCCGCGUCGGCGCGCACCUCUACAACUCGGACGACGACCUCGAGGCCUUCGUCGACGCGCUCUUCGCGUUCGACGACGACUACUACGUCCGCCGCGGCUACGGCCGCCCCGCGAAGCCCGCCACGAAAAAGCGCCCGCGCGACGCCGACGCCGACUCGGGGGUCGCCUCCUCCCGCCCCUAA